AGGAAGGAGCAGGACUGGACAUGAUGAUAGAUGGUCUGGUGAAAAGAUACCAGCAGGCUGGUGUGGAUCCACCUGCUGUGUUGUAUGUUGACUGUGGGUGCUGCACUGAGGUGGGGGAAACCAAGCUGAAAACCAGGUUCAGAGGAUGGCCAGAUCUCUUAAUAAGGCUGGACAUCUGGCAUUUCAUGCGCAGGAUUGCUGUGGGCUGUACAACUGAUGCCCAUCAGCUUUAUCCUAUAUUCAUGGCACGACUGUCUGCAUGCAUCUUUGAAUGGGAUGCUGCUGAUGUUGCUGUGCUACGCAGAGCCAAGAAAGCGCUGCUGGUGUCCCAGGGUUGGCCUGUGCUGACAGAUGAAGUUGUCAGUAAACAUCUUUCCAAACAGGAGCUGGCUCUGCAUUGUCGGAGGAGGACCCGUGGAGAGGAGACUACCAUUCUUCUCCUUGAGCGGCUGCUAACAGAGCUCAUGACCAGCAAUGGCAGUGACUCUAUGGGUGUUCCUCUUCUGGACAGAGAAAGGAUGGAGCACAUCUGGACUGUCCAGAAGAAGCAUGUCAAAUGCAUCCAGGACCCACCCGGUGUAGCCCUCUAUACUGAGACUGGGACCUUAACCAAGGGAGGUGUGCUUCUGAAGACAUACCGAUGUGCCAGAGGAUCCACAUCUCUAGAGUCCUUUCAUUUACAUUUAAACCGUUUUAUCCCAGGUACCAGUGCCAACAGUCUUAACUUUCAGAUUUAUCUGCUGGAGGGACUAAACCGGUGGAAUCAGGACCGGGAGGCUGCUUCCUUGUUAUCAGGACCAUCAGCUUUGUGCAGCUACACGGGAGAACUUGUUUACUGCGUAAACAGGAAUUAUGAAAAGCUGUUUGGCAAGAAAGUGGUCCCCACAUUUCAUCCACCUGCAUGUUACACUGGUGAACUUAUUGGAGUGCAGUAUUUAUUCCAGCAGACUGGUCGGGCACUGCAGGACAUGAACCCAGACUCUGAGCAGACGGCAGAGCUUAUAGAGGAACUUGAUGUGGAGGAGAGGGAGGAAGAUGAAGGGUUCUUUGACAUCAAUGAGGAUCACACAAUAAGAGAUCCAGAGGCUGUUCUGUCACCGCCCUCCACCAUGACAACGAGUCCCUCUACCUUGGUUGCAAGCAGUGCCACAUCUAUCCAGGCCUCCAUAUGUACUUCACCGGUUCUUCUGACACGUGACCCCUCACAGUCUCCAACUGCUCUCUCACCUGUUCACGUGGAGCCUGGAGAUACAGGUCAGGAUGAUGAUGAUGAAACGGCUGUUGACUCCCAGAACGUGCCAGGAUUCCAGCAUGUGGACAGGCUGUCAGAAUAUCUGGUCGAGCUUCGGAAACGCACAGCCCUCAGCCUGACUAACCAGGAAGCGGAAACAAUAAUUGGACUUUGGCAAAACCUGGAUGCCUUUGACAAGCGGCGGGUGGUGUAUCGACCUCGAUUUAAGAAGAGACUGCUGACUGGACGCUUCAGAACACCAAAGACGCCCACUCGCACCCCUGGAGUAGAGAGCACCACCAGAUGCGUGCUGGGUGCAAGCAGCGCACCUGCUCAGUGGCCUGACUGUUGCCGUCUGGUGGAAACCAUUUUCAUCAGGCUAUGCGUAAUCCACCUUGCCCCCAAAAGAAAAGGCGGGAAAACUUAUUCAAGAUGGUCUUUGAUCCUAGAAGACUAUCGCAAGAUAAGGCAGCUUGUGUUUGGCAAUGGCUUGGUGAUGAACGAAACUUCAUUGCAGCUGGUGGAGGUUAACCAGAACACCCUGAUUGACUGGUACAACGAAAGAAAGAUAGACCAGCAAGUGACACUGAUAGUUCGAGGCCUUGAUUUGCCUCAUCCCAUCCCUGAAGCUCAGGAGCCUCUUCAGGAUGCCAAACGGCUACGAACUGAGCUGCAGCAACCAAUGCAGCUGCACCAGUACAAGCUACCAGAUAGCACAGCAGGACAGGCAAAGCAAAGAGUAAUAUCUAUUAGGCAGCCCCCUCUCAGACCCAAAACACCAGCAGCACCUGGAGCAUCACUGCAAAUGGUGUCAACAGGUUUCCAAAGUGUGCCGUUGCUCCAGUUUGUGCCAAUGGUGCAGGGAAUGCCAAUGGUGCAGGGCAUGCCAGUAGUUCAUGGUGUGCAAAUGGUGCAGGGCAUGCCACUUAUGCAGCCAGUUUUACAGCCAGCAGUUGUCCAAGGCACCACCUCACAGCCAGCUCCACCAGGUGCUAGUCAAGGAGCUAUGCCCAAGAGACCCUACAAGCGAACAGUAGAGGCGAACACUUGCAAGAAGUGUGGCCAAUUUAAGACUGCUGAAACUGGGCAUAGCCAAUACAGGGGCAAGGUGUACUGUCCCCAGACUGAGACUGUGUCCAAAGAAGUGUGGUUGGAGAACAUGCGUAGAAUCUCCAACUAAUGUAUGCAGUUUUAUGUUGGUAAAGUUGACCGUUCUUAAUAUUUGAUUGUUACUGUACUUUUAGUUGUUUUAAAAGUGUUUUUAAUAUUGUAUUUAACUUUUUGUUUGUGUUCUCUUUACUUAUUUACAAUUUAAUAUUCAUUACUGUUCUUUUAACAUUUGUAAACGCACUUAAAACUUUGUCAAGUGAUGACUUUGACUUGGUUGGCAUGCGAUACUUGGCACACAAUAUAACACUUGCUUGUACAAAGGAUUAUUGGUGUAUCUUAUUGUUCUCACAACAUAACAAUU